AAGUAAUGAUAGAUGCACAAUAUGUAAAGGACAUAUUUGUACCGGAGAUCUACCUCUUCUGUGUCAGAGAUAACUCCGUCCAUAUCCAUAUGGAGCUGAUUGAAAAUGUGAUUUCACUGAGGGAUGUGAUGGAUAAAAUUUGUUCACUGUAUCCUCUCUACAUUUGGCCAUUCUCAAGAUUCAUACUCCUUGAAGUGCUAGCUAUUGUCAAUGCUAUGCAUGAGCAGAACAUCACACAUGGGGAUUUGCAUGCAGCCAACAUCUUGCUUCAGAAACUAUCUAACACAAACAUCAGAAUUGUCUGCAUUGAUUUUGGAGAAGCAAGAGGGAUCCAGAAGGACAUGGAAGAUCUAGCCGAACUAGGCACACAUUUAGAGACUGCCUGUAACUCCGUUGAGGGGUCACCAUCCUUCCGACAACUGAGUGAAUCUGAACGAGAUGAGCUACAUAGAAUAAUAGAUAUGAUCCAAAUGGGUAAAUCUACAACAGAUGUACAACGAAUUCUUCAGAAACAAUUAAAUCAAAAAGACAAGGACAAGAUGUUGCAGGCAGUCAUUUCGAUACUGCUUAGUCAGGAUCCUGACACAUCAUCCUUCAAACCACUGGGUGAAUCUGAACAAGCUGAGUCCCUUAACCACGAUGAUAUACAAAACAUUCCUCAGGAAGAAAAACUGAGAGGCAAAGACCGGCCGUUGGAGGAAGAUAUGUCUAAGCUCCAGUCACCUCCAGAUGAUCUUAAGAACUUCCAGCCUGUACAUGACAGUGCUCCAAUUCGUUUAGGUUCUAGUGAAAUGGACACCUCAACCCCCGAACCGCUGAGUGAUUCUGAACGAGCUGAGUUCCUUAACUUCGAUGAUAUGCAAAACAUUCCUCAGGAAGAAAAACUGAGAGGCAAAGACCGGCCGUUGGAGGAAGAUAUGUCUAAGCUCCAGUCACCUCCAGAUGAUCUUAAGAACUUCCAGCCUGUACAUGACAGUGCUCCAAUUCGUUUAGGUUCUAGUGAAAUGGUUGAUUCGACAGCUGACACCCAAUCCAACCAAGAAAUACCACCUGCUCCUCACCGUCAUCAUGAGCUUUCCAAGUCCUUGAAAAUCGAAGAAAAAAAAACACAACCUGAAAAUAGAGGCUGUGGCAAAGCAAUAUCUUAAGGUGGCGCAUUUGUCCAGCCAAGGCAGACAACGUUUGAAUUAAUAAUGCUGUAAAUCUAUUGCAAGCUUUACUAUCAAACGUCACAACCUUAAGGCCUUAUUGCAAUUCUAUUGAAGCAAAUGUAUAUUUUCUUCUAAUAAAAUUUCGCAAUUUUAAA